AUGAUCCGACGGGGCGUUUUUUGGGAUCCGAAAACAAUCGUGGAACCGGUACAAGUACAAGUCAAGGAUUUUCUCAUGUCUUCUGCGUCCAUAUUCGUCCUAACUUUCGACUUUUGGCACUACUUCCAGCUCAGGUAGAGCUUCUAGACAGGAAUAAUAUAGUUUUACCUUUUUCAAGCUCUAAGUUUAUGAAACCAACAGAAGGCUUGUCGAAAAUCACCCAGGUCGUUGAUUUAUUGGAUCAUCCAAUGUUAAAAAAUGAAAAGCUUUCGGUUCACCGAGAAAGCUAGCGACAACUUCUGAUAAGAGAACCAAAAAAGUAAGACGAGUGCGGGUCCGGAAGCCGUCGGGAAGUUAGCCAAAGAGGUUGGAGCACGUCUCUGGCCGCCAAACGACACGCUAAGUGCGCAUUACUCCCUUUGACAUCCGGCAUUCUAAUUCAGUUGCAAACACGAGGCCUCUGGCGACGUCGAGAAGCGUCAACCCGACCGUGAGCCGAUUUGGGUUCAGUUCCUUCCGGCCAGAUUUGGCGCUCUUGGACGUUCCUCAGACUUCCUAGAGUUGAGGAAUUAG